AUGUCAAGCACCACCGCAACCUUGCCAGACGAUGCCUUCCGAUCCUACGUCCUGGAUUUCCUCCGACAUGUCCCUCCGGCAGCCCUCAACAACUCAGAUGCAGCCCGCUCGGAGCUCGAGGCCCUGACUGGAGAGUUCUACGAGACAAGCCAAGACAUCAACAUGCAGGAACUCAUCUUUGCUCUCCACGUUCGCUACGAUCUGGUGGGUCUGGGCUUCUUUGAGAAAGCCGCCCUCGACGAAAUCCUCGUCCGUGUCAACAAGGCUCGUGGCAAGACUGGUACCAAGAACCGACAAACGACUGCGCAUCAAACACCGACGGUGGCCCAGCAAGGACCGGUUGCGCCUGAUGAGGUGGCUGAAGAUCUUGUGGGCGUUGCAUCACAAUUCUCCGCUGUUGCUCCUGUGCCUGCGGACUUGGACCCCAAAGAUUUAGACCCUGCGGAAGAGGAGGACAACAGUGCGAGACUGGAUGAUGGACCUGGAGAGGACUACGUUGUCGGGUGGAGGACGGAGUUUCUAAUGACGCCAGAUGGAACGGCCAUGGUGUACAGGCAGUUGCAGCGCCAGAGAGGGAGAGGGGGCAAAUGA